CAAGUUGAACACAUUUAUUGUAUUAUAUUAUUUGCAGACAUUCCAUUGUUCUUGGGGGCCCGAAAAUCAACUUCUGUACCCGACCUUCCUUUCGUACAUUUUCUCUGUCAUUGUCAUCGCUAUCUUUAUCUACUUAGCUACGGGAUAUCUCGCGUUUUCGCGACCUCCUCGCUCAAACCGUCUCCCUCAAUCACGCCUUCCCAACAAAGCACGUGGCCCGAUAGCAAGUCACAUCUAGCAAGCCAAUGCUGUUCGACUGCUUGAACCGCAACUUAUCUUCCGUCCUCUCCAUCGUCCUCAUUGCGCUCACCCGAACUUGGGAAACAAUGGAAGACGCUUCAAUGAAUGGGAUAAGAUGGGCGUUUGGCCCGCGUGUUGAGAUUGCGGAUGAGGAAGCAGCCUUGGAUGCGAGGCCGCUACUCCUGUCCGAGAGCGACUUCCACGAUGAAGGGGUGGGAUGCAGCUAUUCGCCGACCUCGAGUAUGGACCACAACGAUUCUUUCACCGUCGCAGAACCAUCGAUUAUUCGUAGCCCUUCGCUUCCAGCAAUUACACUCGAUUCAGAUCCUAUGCAUUCUAUUCUCCGUUCGCUCAGACUCAGCAACUUAUCCCGCAACAUCAAUCGAUUCCUGCCGUCCACAGACGCCGACCGCCACAGAGCGCAGAUGGUGUCGCAAGCUCGCGAAGGCUCUCACACUUCACUAAGCCAUAUAUUAGCACCCAUUCUCGCAGACCUGCAGGAGCUGAAGGCGCUCACGCCCGAGAGUCUGCCGCCAGGCAACUUGGACUUUGCUACCAGGUCGCAUGCUCAGGUUCUUAAUGAGAAACUGCUGCCAAUAGGCAAGUUCAUCGGAGACUACCUAGACGGUAUUCCAGAGGCCAAGCGAGGUGUUCUCGAGUUGCGGAUAUGCCGCUAUAUUGCCGACGAAUAUUGGCCGUUGCCCGUCGAAAACUUCACCUACCUCAAAAUACAGGAGAAAUACCGCAAUGCCCUCUACAAAAAGGCCCAACGCGCGACUGGCGGGCCAACCGUCGAACCGCCGCUGCCUGGCGACACAUCUUCUGGCCACCCAUCAUCUGAAGACCCACCACCGGAGGCUGCAGAAUACAAGGAUACAUUGAGCCAAAAUCCUGUCAUCAUGAAUUCAGAAGCCGUCUCAAGCGUAGGGAACAGGGAUUUGAACAGAUAGUAUCAUGUGAUGAUCUCAUUCAUAGACAUUCUACCCCUAGAACUAGAGAAUCCACAAUCACGGGCCAGGGAUUGUGUUCUGAGCAUGUCAAUAUUCAACAAGGAAUGUUGCGGCUUUUGGGAUGGCUCGUUCGAGAUCGAUAGCGACAAAGUCAUCUGGAAUGCCACGAUGGACCCUGCCAUCAUCUUUUUCAAUUUCCUCCUUCCUGCAGAUCAUAUGACCGACAAUGUUCUACAGCUCCUUCAAGCACGUAACCUGCUUGGUGGCAUUCCAUUGCAGGUAGCCUCAGCUCUCAACGAAGAGUAUAAAAACGCCAGAGAAUUUCUGGCUCUCCGUUACGCUGC